AAAAAAUGAAGUAAUUUAGUUCCAAACUUACAAGCUAAACCGUAACAUCGUAACCCUGACAGCAGAUGUGGCGUGGCGCGGCGCUCCUGAGGGGCAGGUCAUCUAUCUCCGCCCUGGCUGGCAACAAACACUUCACACAGCUGACAGGUGGGAGUGUUCGAAGUCCACGCUUUUCUUUCUUUCCAGAAACCGCCUAUUUUUAAAGCGUUACCUGUCAAUAUCGCCAGACGCAAACGUUAUACCUUCAUCAGCCGGAUCGCCCGCUAGCGCUGAAGUCGCGCGUCUAGCCUGGACGAAGUGCGAGGUCCCGGACUGGCCGAUAGGCAGGCAGGGGGAGAGAGAUAGCGCGGGCGGGCAGGCAGGCAGGCAGGCAGGCAUGGACUGUAGUGGCGCCCUCUGAGCCCCGCCACUUGUUACCGCUCGCACACAAUGAACGGCGUUUCCUGGAGGCUUUGUAAAGGGAAGGCUUACUGUUUUGCUGUCGUUGUACUGGUGACAAUUUCAAGUUUUCUUUAUGGGCAUUAUCGCCUCUCCGGACUCGUUGGCGCUGGUGAAAAACCUCGGAUUUCUGCCUUGUUGAGGUCUGAUUUGAAGGACAGAGAGUCGGAAGAACUGAGCAAGUCUCCCUGGAGCCAAGUCAAUGGCGAGAGGUUUUCCAAAGAAGAGAAAGAGGAUGUGUUGGUGGAGGAGGAUGUGUUGGUGGACAGAGUUGACUUGAGGAUGCAAGAGAAGGAGAGGAAGUGUCCAUCAUCCCUCCGUAGAAAGAUCGAGAGCCACGAAAGACUCAAGGCCCUAUUCAGCUUUGAAAUCCCAGUGCUCAUGUGGAGUGGUCAUUUAAAUGACUCGGAGUGGCAGCGGCUACAGCAUUCGCCACCUCCCUAUGGAUGGCAAGGACUUCCCUAUAAAGUUGUGUCUUCAACACUUUUGCUCCUUAAUGACUCUACCUAUGGGAGGCUGUUUCCUGACAAACCAGAAAGCCACUGUAUCCGUUGUGCAGUCAUAGGCAAUGGUGGCAUCCUGAAUGGUUCACGCCAGGGACGGGCCAUUGACGACCACGACUUCGUCUUCAGAUUAAAUGGAGCAGUUACGAGUGGCUAUGAAGAGGAUGUUGGAACCAAAACCUCUUUCUAUGGGUUCACAACAAAUACAAUGAAAAACUCCCUUAUUGCCUACAAACAGAUGGGCUUCAGGAGAGUGCCUCAAGGAAAGAAUGUGCGAUACAUUUUUAUUCCUUCUGAGAUCCGUGACUAUGUGAUGCUAUACUCUGCUAUUCAGGGAAUUCCAGUGCCAUUUGGACAGGAUAAUGGCGAUAAACCUUGGUUUUAUUUUGGUUUUAAUCGCAAGCCAAAGAAGUUCAGGAUGCUUCAUCCGGAUUUUAUCCAUUACAUUAAGGAAAGGUUCCUCCACUCCUCUCUGCUUAAGAUGGAGUAUAAGGACCUUUACAUGCCAAGCACAGGAGCCUUACUGCUGCUAACUGCCCUGCACACCUGUGACGAGGUUUCUGCAUAUGGCUUUAUCACGGACAACUUCAGAAAAUUUUCAGACCAUUACUAUGACCGUGUGAAAAGACCACUCAUUUUUUAUGCAAACCAUGACAUGCAGCUUGAGUCUCGCUUCUGGAAACUUCUCAACUCUCUGGGAGUGAUGCGGCUUUAUCAGAGACCCUAGGGGGGGGGGGGGGAUGGGUGGCAUUAAAGGAGUUCUGUUUGCAUUGGAAACUGCAGUUUUAUUUUUUAACUAUUUUUUUAAUGAAAUGGACAUUGUUUUUAAGUGACUGGUAAGGAAUUCUUUU